UAAUCGCUUCCUUUUUCCGUCGUCAUUUCUUCAAGUUGAUUUCUCGCCCUCAUUUGUUUAUUUCAGAAAGCAACCCCAUUUUUCCUCGUUCUUCAUUCCCGUCUUUAGAUCGAAACGAAGACUUCUUUUCUUCGGCGGAACUACUCAAAUGGCUUCCAAGCGGAUCUUGAAGGAGCUCAAAGACCUCCAGAAAGACCCUCCUACCUCUUGCAGUGCUGGCCCUGUGGCAGAGGAUAUGUUUCACUGGCAAGCAACGAUAAUGGGCCCCCCUGAUAGCCCGUAUGCUGGGGGUGUUUUUCUAGUCACCAUUCAUUUUCCUCCUGAUUACCCAUUCAAGCCACCUAAGGUUGCUUUCAGAACCAAAGUUUUCCACCCAAAUAUCAACAGCAAUGGCAGUAUUUGUCUUGAUAUCUUAAAGGAGCAGUGGAGCCCUGCUUUGACUAUAUCUAAGGUCUUGCUUUCGAUUUGCUCCCUCUUGACGGAUCCAAACCCAGAUGAUCCUUUGGUGCCAGAAAUUGCUCACAUGUACAAGACAGACAGGGCCAAGUAUGAGACCACUGCCAGGAGCUGGACUCAGAAGUAUGCCAUGGGCUAACAUAUUGGAAGGCGUGAGAGGGCUUUUUCCUUCCAUUUGUUGUUAAAAAGUGUAAUAAUUGUAUAAUCCAACGAUCUAUCUUCUGCUUUCUGCUUUAGACAAUUUGAGGAUAGGUUCUUAGAAUUUGCCUUAGCUGUGAAAGCCUCACAAGCUUUACUUCGUCCGUAUGAAAUUUCGUCUGUGGUGCUGUGAAAUUUCUGUAGCUGAUUGUAGUCUCUCUGUCAUAUAAACAGCUGUAGUCCUUAAUGGCCAAAAUCCCACCCGUACUGCCUUGUCUAUUUGCUGUUA